GAAUGCUUUCACGAAUACUUGACGUGCACUCAUCACACGCACACAGAAAGGGUCCGGCAUAUCGUACGUACGCUACCCGUCCAGUCCAUGGCCAGCGAGUCCGUCAUUCUACUCACAGCAAGUCUGCGUGUAUGUGUCCCUCCUCUGCAGUGCAAUGCUGCCGGCAGUACCACCACGAGCUAAUCCAUGUGCCAACCUGACACCACACGCACACACAUUGACAAAGGUGAGUACACAUAUCUCUUCCCAUGUCCUCACCAUCUGGCGUGGCAUUUUGGUAUCUAUGAGCUUUUCUCGAUGAUGGUGCGGCCGUCAUCGAACCGCAUGGACGUUUCCAUAAUGUGUGGGAAGUAGAACACGUGGAGCACGGCACAGAAGGUGUUGAGCUGGGAAACUGUGACGAUGUCAUUCGGCUCAAGGGUGACCUCGGGCACGACGGGAAUGAUGACCGCGAGCACCCACAGGAGCCACAAGAAGAGGUCGUCGUUUGUCGCACCAUCAGGCAGGUCACCUAGAAACAGCAGAUCACACCAGACAGGCAGGCAGGCAGAUGCUACGUAGGCCUUUCCCCCUUGUGUGUGUGUGUGUUGGAGGAGCCCGGGUGCAUACCGCCACUUACCGGUGAAAUCGAUGGUCACUCCCUGGAUGGCCGGCAAGUCGUGGCUCGCCCACUGCUGCAGACCGUCGCCGUACUGGAGGAUGUCGUCCGGUGAUAUGUCAAUCGUCACCGUCAGGUUCUCGGAUACCCUCUCAUCACCACCGCUCCCCUCGCUGCUGCCCAGCUGGCCCUUGAGCGCCUUGAGGAAGUACACGGCAUCAUCAGACCUGCGGAGGCGGAUGUGGCGGCAUUUGGGCAUCUGCUUGGUGACGGCCUUGACGAGGCUGUCGAGCGUCUCCUGGGAGUGGGCCCUUGGUUGCGUUGCAUGCGAAUGUGUGGGCGCGGGGGAAGAUGCCGUCCAGUCGUAGCCGAAUUCGUCAUAGUCGUCCAUCGGGUACGUGAGCUCCUCACCAUUGAUAUCGCCGGGGCCGUCGCCGCCGAACGAAUUCGUGAGGCCCUCCUCUCCGCGUUCAUGCUCGUCCCGUUCCUGCUGCUGCUCCUCCUCCGCCCAUGUGCCGCCCCACCCGCUGACACUGCCAUGCUCCGCCUCCUUCUCCCAGCCGUCCCCCUCCCAGCCCCCGUCAUCAGCACCCUCGCCCAUCUCCAUCUCCUCAUCGCCUUGCUGCUCGGCGAGACUGGUGGUGCAUGUGAAUGUGUGGGCGAGGGGGAAGAUGGGGAAGACGGUCGGCUGUGCGGCUGAAAUGGCGGACGUCACCUCUCCCCCACUGUACCGCACCUCGUCUGCUAUCGCGGCCAAUCCAAGAACAAGCUUCUGCACCUGAUGGCAUACGGACACGCAUAGAUCACGGGUGUGCGUGCAUGAGUGUCGUCAUGGUGCAUAUAGCAGACAGACACACCUGACGUGAUGUGUCAGCUGCCCAUCCGAUCAGUUCCAUGUCUAUCUUCAAGGACACGCCCCCGGCUUUGGUGACCGUCAGCUGGUCCAGGGCCUCUGGCUGCAUCACCGCCUCCACCAGCCGCCCCACCUCAAGCAGCAGCUCCUUAUCCGAUGCGUCGUCGGUCUCAAUGUGCAGCUCGCGAAGGUUGUGGCGGCAGCCCCGGCUAACGAGGGUCUCACGCAGCUCGGCCACCGUCUCGCUCCCGGCUCCCCGCAAAUUGAUGGGGCCGAUGGACUGGAGGCGGGAGAGGGACUUGCCGUCCUUGGGGGCCGUGGACAACAGGCCUUGCUUGACGCUCAAGAGAGUGGUGUCCACAUCGAACUUCUCCAGAUGCUCGCAGGCUCCCAUCCAGCGGCUAUGACUGCCCUCCAUGUCCUCUACGCCAUAUCCCCACUCCUCCACCAAUGUCAGCACUCGCAGACGCGGCGUGUACCACACCCGCCCGCCAGUGCGCACGGCCGCGUACUGGUAGGGCAGGCUGUGCACCUCCUCCAGGUGCGACAGGUCGAUGGGGGAGGGGGAGGGGGGCAGCGGGUCCGCCGAUAUGUCGUAGCGAAACCCGCGAAACCCGCCGUCGUGGUCGUCGUCGAAGCUGAUGACCUUGAUGGACGAAGCGGGCUGUGGCACAUGGUGCGCUGGCCGUGCUGUCCCCUCCUCUCCACCCUCGUGCUGCCUCUUCUUCUCCUUGUCGCUGAUGGCCUUGUGGGCCGCUGCAUUGCCCUCGAUGAUCGACACCCAAAUGCCACCGCACCAGCAGCGGCUGUAGGCGCGAGGCCUGGUGAGGUGCAGGUGCGUCAAAUGGAUCGCGCGCUGCCCCCACUUGUGGGCUGUCGCGAGCGGCAUCCUCUCCCACAGCUGCCGCACGCCGCCCUCGGCCGAUCCGUCGAUGGUCAGCUGCGUGUAGUUGGCGGCCGCCGCGUCGAAGAGGGCCUUGCCGAGGACGCGGCGGCGAUGGGUCAGCUCCCAGGGGUGAUAGAAGCCGAACACGUUGGCGAGCUCGUCAGGAGAGAGACGAAGUGCGGCCUAGGAAUUAGACACAGACAGACGGACACAGACAGAUGUGAUUGAGUGUGCAGAGGUGGCGGGUCGUUCUUUUUGUGGUCACCGGCGGCUGGUGAGUUGGCUGUUGUCCCGAUCUGGAGACCAGUCGAUAUGACGGCUGCGGUGGGGCAGCGGCACUCACGUCGGAAUCAGCUGCGGCCACCUGAAUGAAGCGCAAUGACAACAACGAACACAGAGACCGGUCUCCACCUCUCCCUCUUUCCAACUCAUUGUCAAUGUGCUUGUCUACCUCAGCAGCGAGUCCGUCUGGCGAUGCGUCGACAAAAUCCAUCUCAUCACCGCUCCCACCACCCCCACCAGCAACACCAGCAGCAGCAGCUGCUGCUGUUGAGGCGUCGUCGUCCGUGUGCUGUGGGCCGUGCAAUGCGGCCGGUGCUGUGGUGGUGAGGGCUUCGACCAUGUCACGCAGGUCGGACUCUGCAGCAGAGGCGUGGACAGACGCAGCUGUGAGGCGGCGCAGGACAUCACCAGAAGCACCAUCGUCGAGCCAACAUGCAUCACAACUCCACUGCAGCAAUGUUAAGGACGGGCAGAAGACAUUCUUAUGUCCUUCGGUGUCGUCCGCGUGUCACAUCCACUCACUCACCUGGACUUUGUCCUGCAGCAGCCGAGACACAUCCGCCGACACAGCAGACUCGGCAACUUGGAAUUGACCCGACGCAGCCCCGAGUCAAAGCAGCGCGGCCAUCGUGUCACCAGAUGCACCGCCGUGACGCAGACGCACAUCGCAACUCAGUUGCCACAUUGCACAGACGAAAGGGAAGACAAUCGUGUGUGCCUCGGUGCCGUGCAUCUCAUGCACUCACCUUGAUUUUGUUCUGCAGCAGCCGAAUCCUUUCGUGCAACACAUCCGCCUCGGCACGCAGCUGAAGAGAACCACACGCAAGAACACAGCAGACAGGAGAGGCACGUGUGAGCAAACGCACAGAGCAUCACAUCUGGUUGGGCUUGUUGGUGCCUGUACCUCGCUGAUGCUAGCAGGAGCUGUGACCGCACCGGCCGUCAGACCCGACGCCGCCAUCACGUCCUCUUCCUCCAUUGCCGACAACAAGAGCUACUGUGCGAGUCGGGCCGCCCGUCGCUGAUGUCCAGUCAUCGUUGCUAUCGAUGACCUCCGGAUAUGGGGUGGCACGGGCAGAUGGACUGGAGAGAUAAAUCAGUCGGGCUAGAUAGCCACAAGCAAUUCCAUCACUCUGCGACCGACCAAUUCGUCACCCCGCCACGCUCUUGAAC